ACUUGCUCAACGUGGUUUCAGCAAAGCACUGAUCGUGCUGCCGGCAAAUGGGACUCCAGUUAACCAGACUUUAAUGUUCUUCAUUGUGCCAUGCUUUGAGGUGAGGACGUAUUUAGAGUGUCCAAGCUGCUAGAAACCUUUCUCUACAAUGUGAUGGAUGCCCCUAACGUGAGAAAUGGAACUAGACAAGGAAGACAAGAUUCUGACCAGCCUCUGCCUCUGACAGAGUAUCCACGUGAAAUGCAUAUUUACGAGGAUCCUGAUGCCCCUCCUACAUAUGAAGAAACACAUUUAUAUGCUAACUUGUCUGGAUCUAUAUUCCCUCCCGAACCUCAGCCACAACCCUCAAAACAUCUCUGGGCUCAAGGCAGUGAAGGCACCAGCAGUGCUGACCACCACCACACAGAUGAGCCUCUCCCACUCUGUGCUGCUCCCCCUCUCCCCACACCGAGGGUUCAGCGUGGCACAAGUUUGCCAGGUAGACAAGGUCCUGUUCCUCCCCCUGUUCCCCCCAGGACACGAGUACCCAAAGGCAACAUCAGAAAACAGUUUUCCUUUGACGUCAGUGAACCUGUUCCCAGGCUGACUCGAUCCAGGACUGAUGGAGACAUUCAUGAUCUAUGGACCAUCAAACUCACAGACACUCCACAAGGCAGCACCAAGAGACUGUCUUCUUUCUGUGAGGAAACGUCAAAGCUGAUGUCACGGCACAAACACACAGACAGUGUGCAUAACUCAGGUGUGGUAUGGGGUCGCGUGUUACAGAUCCACCCUGCGCUGCUGCAGCAGGUGGAAGUAAAUGUCAGCGUGGCCACAGAGUGGAGUGAUCACCAGCUCCCCAUCCCCACCUCCGUGAACAGGACGGUGAAGAGUCUGAUUGUUGAAAUCUUCCUGCUGCUGGAGCGUACUCCUCUGACCAACGGGUAUUAUGUUCUAAAACUGUGCAACUCUGAUGAGUACCUGCAGAAUGAAGAACUGCUGGGUAUGCAUGAAACUAUUCAGAUCUACUACAAGUUAAAAUCAGACGUCCCUCUUCGACUCCUCCAUGUGAACAACCUCACAUAUCGGCUCGCCAGGGAUGAAGCAGAUGACAGGUACCCGUGCCAACUCUACCAGUUCCUGCGUCCUGCCUGUGUCUACGACACCUGCAAACUGAGCCUGCAGAAUGUGCUCAGUGGCUACAACAGAGAGGUAACUGAGCUCAUGAAGUCUAAGUCCGGGCUGGACACGAAUGUGCUGGUGAGCCGUGUCCGCAGCAUCAGUAACCUUCUGUGUGGGUUCUCAUGUGAGGAGCUGGAGAACGUCAUCAGCUUCCUCAACAGAUUCACUUCCGUACAUCUGAAUCAUGAUGAAGUUGAAAAUGCGGUGAUCAUGCUGCACAACGCGCUGCUCAGAGUGCUGCAGAUCUUUUUCGACAACUUCCAGUCAGACUUCAGAGCUCUGGAAAACCCCAGCAACCUGCAAACCCUCGACGUCGACGACAACAACGAGAUCUGCCAGUUCAACAUCGUCGCUCUCUACAAACUAGACUCGACCUGGUUGAACAUUUAUGAGUGCUUCUCUGUUUCCUGCGAGCUGAUGUACAGCGGAGUGAAACUCUAUGACACUGGCAUCUCUGAAAACAUCAGCACCGCCUUGUGCUUUGGAAACACAAUCCAGUGUAACCGCAUGAUGGUGUUCCCGGUUCCAGUAAAGGAGCUUCCAUAUGAGAGCAUGUUGAUGUUUCACCUCAAAGGCUCAAAGAAAGGGAAGAGUCCAGAGGUUUUAGCCUGGGCCGUGCUUCCUCUUUACAGCAGCAGGACUUUGGUAUCAGGGACUGUCCUGCUCAGUAUGUCCACGCAGGCCGCGAUCCCAGCUCCUCCCUCUCCUGCCCUGUUCGACAGCCACACACAGCCUGUUGGAGUCAUACUGCAGCUUCAGUUCCAAAAUGAGUUUAAGUGGAUGUAUCAGAGGCCCAUCGCGCUCCCCGGUUCAGUCGUGUUCUCUCAGCCGUGUGGUGAGCUGCAAAAGAAAAUGCUCAAAGUUUCCAAGAAGCACUGCCUCUGUUUUCUAACAGAAAAUGAGAAGACGUUCCUCUGGGAGAAGCGUCACUGUAGCGACAAAGCAAGUACAUUUCUCCACCUGGUGCUGGGUGGAGCUGGCCAGUGGAAGCCUGAGUUUCUGACAGAAAUCUAUACAGUUUUAGAGAACUGGUUAAUUCAUCUCCCAGAGGAGGCCCUCUUUCUGCUCAGUGAUAGCUUUCAUGAUCAGACUGUGCGGAGAGCUGCCAUUCAGUAUUUUGAACAAAUACCAGAUGGAGAACUGGAGAUGUUUCUGCCACAGUUGGUCCAGGCUCUGAAGAGUGAGUGGGAGCUGGACGGCCCUCUGGUGAUGCUGCUGUUGGCGAGAUCUCAGAAGAACAUACGAAUCGCACAGCAGCUGUACUGGCUUCUGGACGACGCCUGUAAUGACCCUUACUACCAGAGUUGGUACAGUAAGAUUCUGGCUGCGCUGCGUUACUGUUGUGGCCGAAAAUUAAGGCAGGAGCUGGAGCAUGAGAGCCAUCUGGUGUCUGUGCUCGUCCAGGUGGCUGACAAGGUCCGCACUGCUGACAAGGCUCGACGCAAGAAUGUUUUGAACAAAGAAAAAGAGAAAAUCGACAACUUCUUCACGUCUGGCAUCAGCUGUUGUUUACCACUGGAUCCUGCGGUCCGUGUGAAGGCAGUGGAUCUAAAUGUCUGUAAGUUCUACAACUCUAAUGCUGCUCCACUGGGAAUCACAUUCAUCUGCACUGACCCUCUGGCCAAGAAAGUCAGUGUCAUCUGCAAGACAGGUGAUAACCUGAGUCAGGACAUGCUGGUGCUUCAAAUAGUCCGUGUGAUGGACAGGGUUUGGCUCGAGGAGGGGCUGGACAUGCAAAUGAUCACCUACAGGUGUCUGUCAACAGGCAGAGCUCAGGGUUUGGUGGAAGUGGUUCCAGAGGCAGUGACUUUAGGAAAGAUUCACCAGGAGUGGGGCUUGGGUGGAACCCUACGUGAGGACACUCUGGAGAAAUGGUUCCACAUGUGGAACAAAACUAAGGAGGAUUAUGAAAAGGCUGUGAUGAACUUUAUCCAUUCAUGUGCCGGCUGGUGUGUGGCCACAUUCAUCCUGGGGAUCUGUGACCGCCACAAUGACAACAUCAUGUUAAAACACAGUGGACACAUGUUCCACAUUGACUUUGGCAAGAUUAUGGGCAAUGCACAGAAGUUUGGCAGCAUUAAAAGGGACCGGUCACCGUUCAUCUUUACAUCAGAGAUGGAGCACUUCAUCACAGGCGGAGGAGAGAAGCCUCAUCGCUUCCAUCGCUUCGUGGAGCUCUGCUGUGAAGCUUACAACAUCAUCAGAAGGCGCUCUGCACUCAUACUCAGCAUGUUGGAGCUGAUGCUUCAUGCAGGUAUGCCAGAAGUGAAAGACAUUAAUGACCUGCAGUAUGUCCAGAACAACCUGAGACCUCAUGACACUGACCUGGAGGCCACAUCCUACUUUACAAAGAAGAUCAAAGAGAGCAUGGGCUGUGUUGCAGUCAAGUUUAACUUCUUGACACACAGCAUGGCUCAAGGGAAGAAACAGCAAACACUAACCAGGGACGGCCUCCCCACUCCCAACACCAACAUCCAAGAAGCUGUCAUCCAAAGCUACACUGCCAAGGGGAAAAAUGUGAUGUACGACCUGAGAGUAACCAUUGAUGAUGGUUUUCUGACCAGUAAGAAAACGUUUGGGGAGUUUGAGUUGAUCCAUAAGCAGCUACAGAAAUCCUUCAUUGAAUCCAAGCUGCCUCAGUUUCCCAGCUGGUAUAAACUCUCCUUCACCCCUGCCAGAAAGAUGUCUCUGCUGAAUAAAUACCUAAAACAGCUUUUUGAGGGGCCGUGCAAAGGAAAUGAGUUUGUGUGCAGCUUGUUCCUGGAUGGCCCCAGCAUAGUCCAGGAAAGUGUGGCAACGGGAGCUCGUCCUCGGAUCCAGUUGUACAUCUCCUACGCUAACUGUAAGCUCUCAGUCUUGGUUAAACACCUGGAGAACAUUAAGCAGGCAAAUGGCUCUAACCCUGAUGCCUAUGUGGUCACACGUCUGAGACCAGACCCUCAGCAGCGCUCCAAGAAGAAGACAAAGGUGGACCGUAACAAUGACAACCCCACCUUCAAUGAACUGCUGGAGUACGAGUAUGUGCCACUGCUGUAUGGGAUGGUGCUGGAGGUUACAGUGAAGAGCAAGAAGACUUUUGUGGCAGCGACCAACAUUAAACUGGAAGACGAGCUGCUCGACAAGGAAAUGUGGUUUCCUCUUGGCAACUGUGCAGUCUGACACCAGAGUACUGUGCUCCUGCUGCCAGCAGAGGGCGCAGCCACACUGAGGGAGACAAUUCACGGCAAAUUCAACUGAGCGGAGGAACUAUAGCACUGUUUUUACCUAUUUAUCUGAUGCAGCUUUACCUCACUCCAGGGGGAAAAUACACUGGCAGUGGAUGCGUGUCUGGAUGACGUUACAAAGCUGAGUUACAGCACUCACUGUUUACAGUAUUUGUCAAUAAGAUGAACAUUUUCUAUAGGUCUAAAUGUUAAGAUUAACCAUUGAUGAUGUAUGAAGAACAAAAUUACUUUAACUUUCAUUCUUGCACUUUUGUUUUGUAUUUACAUUUUGUCUAUGUCGCCGUUGUUGUAAUUGUUGUUUGGUCGAGGCGGCCAAUGAAGCACAUCGAGGAGGAGGAGGAGGAGGAGGUGAUGUAAUGUCCAGGUUGAAUGUGUUGCUGUUCCUUUAGGCUGUGUCAGCUGGAUGUCCUUGACCAGUGGAGUUGGGGACGGGGGGGCACGAGGAUAAGAAAGGGCAGAAGAGGGGUGAGGACAGUGUGUGAGCUGGAUGAACGUCUCUGUCUCUCUGGCCUGAGGGGUUUAAUUAACACUCUCCCCCCUUCCUCAGUCUUCUGUCUUAAUCAGCAAUGACAUUUAAACACAGUUAUGUACAUGCAUGCAAAUACAUGCACAAACUCACACACUCGAGGACAGGUCUUAAUGUCUUCUCCUCACAGGCUGACCUGAACUCAUUCAUAAAGACAUGGACUUCAUCACAGGAAUAGAAAUAGACUUCUUCCCUGCACUGGAUUGAAUGUAUACCUCUGUGUCUGUGAAUGCUAUUUAUAAUAUCUCCUGCUGGGUCACUCUCAGGAAGGUAGAUUUGAAGGAAAAUGCUAGCGGCUUCUUUUUUUAUUAUUAUAAUAUUCACAGAGCACGAAUGACGCAUGACUCACCAACUCCGGCUACAAUCUAAGAUUGAUGUGUAUUUUGUCAUAGACGAUUAAUCCAAAAUCACUACUAUCUCCUGGCUGUGUUAGAUCAUCAGGUGUUUGAUCAACCCCACAGCAAUAACUGCACUUGCAUCCAUUAUUCGUUCUGUAAAAAGUGUCACUCCAGGGAUUCAUUCAUCAUUGGAGUGACGCUAACAGAGACUUAAUCUCUGACAGUGUCACAAUCUGGUGACUUCAGCACUAACAGUAUACAAAGACACAUCUAUUUCUGACAAUAAAAGUGGUAUCUAAGGAAA